AAUUCCUGACGUAUCGCUAAUGAUUUCUUACAGAUAAAUGCGACAUAGUUUCAGACCUCAUUGACUACAAGGAAAGCUACAAAAUCGAACAUCCGUACAUGAGGAAUUAUUCCCUGUCAAUAUACAAAUGCCAGAACUUUGAUGAUCCCGAACCAGCAGAGUUCUGUCCGGUUUCCCGAUGUGAUCAAAACUGGACAAAGGCCUCGUUGUCGUGUUCAGCGAAAGACCUAUUUGAUAGCAGCGAUCUGGUCUAUGGAGGGAGAAUCUCGUGUACUGUGAAGGGUGUCACUUGUCAACGAUGGGACAGAAGCUCACCACAUGAACCGCAUUUUUUAAUAAACCGUAGCGACCUUCAAAACUGGUGCCAGAUUGAGAGUUCAGCACGACCUUGGUGUUACACGAUGGACCCUAAGACGAGAUGGGACUAUUGUCCUGUAGAGGAAGUUUCCUGUGGUGAGCCCCCUCUUCUGUUGAUACGCGGAACCAGUGUAACCAUCGAGUGGCCGUACAACUAUGCAACGUCCAUAGCUCGAUACAGUUGUUCCACAUUGGCAGAUAUUAAGUCCGUCUCCAGUUGUCCCGUGACUAGAUGCCUUCAGGGAGGUUCUUGGACGACAGCGAACAUUUCCUGCUCUGGCAAAGAGUGUUACGACCCUUCGAAAGAGACCUACACCGGUAGUGUAACGUGCACGCAAACAGGGAUCACGUGCCAGCGAUGGGACAGCAACUACCCACACACUCCUCGAAUAUUUGAAGGUCGGAGUGAUUUAGGAAAUAGAUGUGUGUUAGCGACAUAUAAAAGACCAUGGUGUUACACAGUGGACCCUGCGGUUGACUGGGACUUUUGUCCAGUGGACGAAUGUUCUUAACUUCUUCACUUGUCAUCUGUCUUUGGUACAUUAUAUAAUGCAAGGAAAGAUUGGAAAUAUUUAAGUAAUUUGUUUGUUGGGAUUGUUGUCCCAGAACAGCCAUGGGCAUAGAUCAUUAUGAAAUAUGAUCUUCCCUAGAGGCUAUGACUGCUUCACCAGACACCAUACGAAAGUUCCGUCCAGAUUAAUCAAAGCAAAGGACCUAGCCAAAAGGCAUCAACCAAGACACCGCCGAAUGAUUCUUUUCUCACCGUUUCCUAGAACGCAAGCAAUAGGCACUGAUAGGAAGCGUCGAACUCCCCAACUAAGGGCUUCACUUGAGGUAACGUCGGCCAACCUUCAACAAACUGAUAUUUUGCUUUUAAUCAUCAUAUCUACAAUCUUGGCAUCAUUUCGUAUCCCGAUUUGACCUAUAUUGAGAAGCACGAGCUUUCUUUCAGGUAAUAUUUUCUGUGUGAGAGCGUUCCGCAGGCUUCCGUUGAUUCCGAUACUAAGGCUGAGUUUGCAGCAAUGUGAAAUAUGACCUAUUGUAAUUGAUAGUUAUUGACAUGACAUCAUAUAUAUAUUCUUAUAUAUAUAUUAAUCUUAGGUAGGAUAUUUGUUUCUUGUAUGUAUAUUUAUAUAUAAAUUUAUUUAUUGAGGUAUGUUAGUCUGUGCCUUAAUAACAGAAAAGAUCAAUGAUAUGUUAAAUAAUUUUUGUCUUAAGAUUUGCACUCAAAUUAGUAUGCAUUGUGUUUUAGAAUGCGUUGUAUUCCUUUAAGGCUGAUGAUGCUGAAUAAUGCAGAUUGUUGAUUAUAUAUUUGAAUCAAAAUUCAAUAUUAUAUAUUAUAUUUGGAAAUAUUCUCGAGGGAGAUAAGUUCUGUUUAUUGGAAGUGAUUAAACAUAGCGCGAAAAUCAAUAUCCAUAAAAUGUAUAUAUAUAAACACUAAUAUUUACAGAACUUGGUUGGGUGAAAUUUAAUAACUAAUGAUGGGACGUGGGAUAUAGUCCAUUAAAAGCCGUAAAUAAAUCCCCGUUUUAUUAUUAUUAUACUUACAUUCAACUCGAGCGGAAAAUAGGACGCAAUUAACAAAUACAAUUGGGCAAUCAAGCAUGUUUUUACAAUCAAAGCGCCAUAAAGUUCGGAUUUUUUGUGUUUAACAUUCUGGAAAUCAGUCUAGAUCAUCUAUUAUGAAUGUUCCAAUUUCACAACUGAAUGCACAUAAAAGAUAAACCCGAUAUACGGUUAAUUUAGUCAAUGUAAACACAAAUGUAUCCUUCGCUCUGUUUCAUACGGUACGACUUCUUCACGGCAAAUGCGUUUUUAGGAUGACAGAUCUCAGGACAACACCAGUAACAUAGUAAAGUGUAAAACAAAGAACCUGGUAUAGAAUACAGGUUUUAUUCCUGUUCUAUACAGUCACAAGACGAACCAAUUAUGCAAAAGCGUUACAAUUUGUCAUCGUGUUACCCUGUACCCCUAGUAUCAAUAUUCGACAGGAGGCUAUCAUUAGAUCGUACAUAACGAACAUUUGGUAAUUUGGUUUGUUUGGUUUGCUUAACGUCCUAUUAACAGCCAGGGUUAUUUAAGGACGUGCCAGGUUUGGAGGUGGAGGAAAGCCGGAGUAC